AUGAAGGCGAAGGCGCCGCAGGCGCAGGGGAUGCGAUGGAUGAAACGGUGUAAGCGCCGGGCGAAGGAACGGGCGCGGGCGCGCGCGGAGUGGGGAGAGGCGAACGGGGCGGACGCGCGAGCGGAGACGACGACGACGGAGACGACGGAGACGACGGAGACGGAGACGACGACGACGACGACGACGAGCGCGUUGGAUCGAGCGUUGCAGAGCGGGAAGAAGAAGAAUAAGGGUAAGGCGAAGAAGAAGGAGUCGUACGCGGUGCGCGCGGCGUCGACGGUGCGCGCGGGGGUGUCGAAGAAGCGCGACGGCGCGAAGACGAGCGAGGCGACGGCGCCGAAGUACGCGAGCGGGAAUCCGUUCGCGGCGCUCGCGAUGGCUCGGAAGCGAUGA